AUGAGUCGAGCGAAGCUCGAUGAUUCUCAUCGCUCAACACCAUUGACUGAGCCUCAGAAUUAUUGGGGAUUCGCUAACUUUCCUAAUCAAGUAUUUCGCAGAGCAAUUAAAAAUGGCUUCAACUUCACAUUAAUGGUUGUAGGGCGAAGUGGUCUCGGCAAAUCUACGUUCAUAAACACGCUCUUCUUAGCAGAAAUUAACGACUUAAAAGUCCCGCCUCCACCUUGCGGCUCCACAGUACGAAUUGAAGAGAAGAAU